AGACAUUCCUGCUCUCCCUCAUUAAAUUUGGCUCAUUAUCUUCUGUUGCUUUAUAUCACUGUGCCUGUGCUGGAAAAAAUAACAAAGAUCAUGGAGCAUUACUAAGGGUUUUUGGCAGUCAAAUCCUGACAUGGAUGACGGCAGCAUCAGGAAGAGGAAGGAGUCGAAGAAUGGCUCCACCGGCCACAUCAGAGAUGUUCAGACCGAGGAUCAGCAGCCUGCCAAGGCUACUGUGCUACAAAAAGAUGUGGGUCUGCUCAGCGGUAUCUGUCUGAUUGUGGGGACGAUGAUUGGCUCAGGGAUCUUCAUUUCUCCUAAAUCUGUGCUGCUGUACUCUGGAGCUGUGGGACCCUGCCUUGUCAUCUGGGCAGCCUGUGGAGUGUUAGCCACUUUGGGAGCCCUGUGCUAUGCUGAGCUUGGCACCAUGAUCCCCAAAUCAGGAGCAGAGUAUUCAUAUCUGAUGGAGGCUUAUGGCUCUGUGGUGGCUUACCUUUUCUCCUGGACCACGGUCAUGGUGUUAAAGCCCUCGGCUUUCGCCAUCAUCACUCUGAGCUUUGCAGAAUAUGCCUCUACUCCUUUCUACCCUGGCUGUACUCCUCCAGUUAUUGUCACAAAGUGCCUGUCAGCAGCAGCAAUUUUGUUGAUCGUGACUGUUAACUGUUUAAGUGUGAAACUGGCAAACUACGUGCAGAACUUCUUCACUGCAGCCAAGCUCUUCAUUAUUUUAGUCAUUGUGGUUGCUGGCAUCAUAAUGCUAUCACAAGGAAAUACUGAGAAUCUGUCAAAUGCAUUUGAGGGCACAUCAACAUCUUUUGGCACAAUUGGACUUGCCUUUUACAACGGGCUUUGGGCUUACGAUGGAUGGAAUCAACUUAAUUGUAUUACAGAAGAGUUGAAAGACCCAUUCAGGAACUUGCCUCUGGCUAUCAUCAUCGGGAUCCCGUUGGUCUCUGUGUGUUAUGUGUUGGUCAACAUUGCUUAUUUCAGCGCCAUGACCACCACUGAACUCCUGCAGUCUCCGGCUGUUGCCUUGACUUUUGGAGAUAGAGUCCUGUACCCUUUGUCCUGGGUCGUUCCUCUCUUUGUUGUCUUUUCUACUUUUGGAGCUGCAAAUGGAAGCUGUUUUACCGCUGGGAGAUUGGCCUAUGUCUCUGGCAGAGAGGGUCACAUGGUGAAAAUCUUAUCCUACAUCAGUCUAAAGCACUACACCCCAUCCCCUGCUCUUAUAUUCAAUGGUAUGUUGGCAAUUUUCUACAUUAUCCCAGCAGACAUCAACACCCUCAUAAACUACUUCAGCUUUGCUACAUGGGGCUUUUAUGGACUGGCAGCACUGGCACUCAUCGUCAUGCGUUUCACCAGGAAGGAGCUCCAUAGACCCGUGAAGGUGCCGAUCGUGAUACCAGUCCUAAUGGUCCUAGUGUCUGGUUACUUGGUGUUGGCUCCCAUUAUUGAUAAGCCAGAACUAGAGUACCUGUACUGUGCAGUCUUCAUCUUUAGUGGACUCCUCCUCUACUACCCUCUCGUCCAUCUGAAGGUCAAAUGGGCCAGAAAAAUAAUGAGUCCCAUCACCAUGCAUCUUCAGCUGCUGAUGGAAGUAGUUCCUCCUGAGAAAAUUGAGUGAGAGGCACUGGCUCUGAAAACCAAGUCCACUUCUGUGGACUUCACUCACCUUCUGUUUCUGACUCUAUCCACUCUCAACAAUAAAGGCGUAAAAGCCCCAAAUUACA